GAGUGACACUCGACUGCCAGUGGCGACCCAAGGCGCAACGAAACUGGACCCCAGGCAUAACCAACCAAGCAGAACAUAAAGUGACAGCCCCAGCCUAGACUCGACUUCGCCGCUCUGACGGGUUCGACAGCGAUUGCAGAAAUCAUAGUACCGGAAAAAAGUGAAAGUCAAUUUGUCACGUGUAAAAAUGUCAUCGGGAUUGACAAAUCUCUUGCAAUCUCUGCGAAUUGUGCCGCUGGGACAUGGAAAAGGCAAAGCCAGCAAGAAUGUUGUUGUUGUUGCCACAGAGAAAACAAUUCUCAAAGGAGAAGAGCUAGCAGAAAUCACACUGGAGGAGGUGGCCCAACACGACAGCUUCGAUGACUGCUGGAUUGUGAUCUACGAUCGGGUGUACGAUGUCACACUGUUCCUGCGCGAUCACCCAGGCGGUGACGAUGUGAUAAUGGAUCAUGCCGGACGCGAUGCCACCAUAGCAUUCCACGGCACUGGACAUUCUCGGGCUGCCAUUGAGCAAAUGCGUGAGUUCCUGAUUGGAGAGCUGCCAGAACCGCAGCGCAUCUUUCGCACAAGCCACAACAACCGAGUGCUGUCCUCGGGCAUACCGGAAUAGUGAUCCACAGUCCGAUCCAUAGAUCACUUCCUCUUCGAUCCACUCGCAAUGCCGCCGUCCAUCUACGCACAUUCGUAUACUUAUAUAUUUCUUAAGAGUAUUCUAUUUCGUUCCUAUUUCGUUAAUCAGUUUCCAGUUUUUGCAAUCCGCAAAUUACUUUUGCUUUAUCAUCAUCAUGCCAUUCAGCGAGUAUGUAUACACUCGUAUUUAUAUAUUUUGUGUUUUAUACUCGUAUUG